GUGCGCGUGGAGGAGGGCGUGACGCGUCUGACGCGUAUGACGUGGCGAGCUGGAUCAGCCGAAGUCUCCUCUACACUUCAACAGAUCAUAGUCGCUCUUGGCGCUUUCAAAAUAACACUGUUUGUCAGAAAUGGAGGUAAACACAUGCAACAUUCAAGUGCUUCUGCAGGCAGCUGAGUAUCUGGAGCGAAAGGAAAGAGAGGCCGAGCACGGUUAUGCCUCAGUGCUUCCAUUCUACAGUAAAGGCGUUACAGAUAAGAGAAAAAAGCUGAAAUCAAAGAGUCCUUCGCCUGGGAACAGCAGGUCUGUUCACAAUGAGUUGGAGAAACACAGGAGAGCUCAGUUAAAACAUUGUUUGGAGCAGCUGAAGCAGCAGGUUCCUCUGUCCUCAGAUUCAGCUCGAAACACAACCCUCAGUCUGCUCAGACAAGCACAGCUGCACAUCAAGAAGCUGCAGAAACAGGACGAGCAUGCAGAGCUGCUGAAGGACCGUCUGCGCUGGGAGCAGAGAGAACUGCGCACACGGCUGGAGAAACUGCAGGGCGGUUCAGAGAGGAUGCGUAACGACAGCCUUGGCUCAACUGUGUCCUCCGAGAGAUCCGACUCUGAGAGAGAGGACGUUGAGAUUGAUGUGGAGAGCAUGGUGUGGACUCUGGAGUCAGAUGGACUGGGCUCAUCACGUGCUGGGAUGGACCACAGCUACUCUACCUCUGAUUACAACUGGUCAUGACCAUCCCAGAUCUACCAAUUACACGGACGCUAUUAAGUGGAUGAGGGACUGAGGAAAAUAUUUGAUGGGCUUUUCCAUCAUCACCCCAGAACAGCCUUAUGUUGCUGCAAUUCUGAAAACAUCCGCCGCAAACAAGGGCUAAGCAUGACUGGAAUUUAUUUAGUGUAGUGUAUUCUUUACACUAAUGGCAUUAUGGUGCUCUAGUAUGCUAUACACUCGUGAGAUUCAAGUGUAACAAGUUUUUUUGAUGCUUUAUGUCCACAGAAUGAUUUUAAUUGUUUUGUCUGAAUUAGUUAUGAUCACAUUGUACCCGCUAGUUGUCUUCAGCUAAUGAGCUUAACUUUAGGGUCAGCCUGCAGUACACAUUGGCUUGCACUUAAAUGUUUAAUAUCCAGCUUAUUUUAUUUCUGUUUUCAAAGUCAAGUUUUGAUACGUUGCACAAAGCAUACGCAUGAGCACUUGUGAUGUCUCUUUAGAUGUGUGGUGUUCCUUUCAGGAUUGCUGAUGUGUGAAAUUGCAGAUCAUGUCGAUGCAUCUUUUUUCACUUUAAUUUUUUUUUCUAUUUGAAAAAAAAACAAAAAACGGGAGGCUAAUUCAAAGGUUGUGAUGCAAUUCAUAGGGAAAGACUUCUUUCCUUUACAGCCAUGCAUUUAUUAUUUGCUACUGGGUAAAGGUACAGUUGGGUUUGAAUGAUGGUUGUUGAACUAUCUGUAUCAUCUUGAUGUUUAAUUUUUAUUUACUUUCUACUGUUUUGAUUCGGUCCUGUGCUUUGGUUCACUCCAGAGAAUCAAUUCAAACACCCAAACAAUAAGCUAUUAUGUUGAGCCCUAACAAGCCUGAAAAACAGGAAAAAAAAAAUAUUUUUUUGUACAGUGGAUUUUCAUCCAUUAUCCCUUAAGAAAUGUUAGUCUGCUCAUGUUUUAAUGCAUACCUUUAAACUGCAAUUCAGUUUGUUGGUAGUAUUGAAAAAUACACGGGCUGUAUUUCCAAACUGUUCAGUAUCUGCUCAUAUCAAUCAUUUAUGCAAACGAUUAUGAACAUGCCUUUGCUUUCAGAUGUUUGUACAGUAAUUGUGUUAAUGUACACAACAAAAUGUACAUUGUAUAUACAGUUCUGAACACCAAAUGCCUUAUGAACUAUUUGUAUGUCAUUGGACCAGGAACACCUUUGUAUUUAUGUCUCUCCUUGUACUUAUAUGUAGCAUUUUAUUAUUUUUUACCGACAUAAGCCUUUUGUACAAAUAAAUAUUUUAUGUAUUUAA